AUGGCAAUUGGCUAUUUCAUAUAAUUGAAUUUACUAUAAAUCCAAUUUCAAUAAAAUCUAUAAAAAACAGUAUCAAAUUGUACUUAUAAAAAUGAUAAUUUAAAUUAGAAAUUUCAAACGAGAGUCGGUAAAAGAUGUAUGCUUCCUCCAUUUAUGUUGAGAUGAAUUACAAAAUUGGCUAGAUGACAUGACAUUUUGAAAAAGAGUUAUACUUAAUGCAAUUAUUAAUUAAAAUGAAAUUCUAUCUAGAGAUUUGUUGGUGGAUGAAAAGAAAUCCAAAUUUAACAGAGAUGGUUGUGAAUAUAACAUAAAUAAUUUAUUGAAUUAUUAAGUUCUAAUUGACAAUUUGAUAAUUUAAAUAAUGAAAAACAAAACUUCAAUAACUUGUAUUUUCUUGCUUUGUCUUGGGUGUUUACUUGUGAUAUAAAAUUAUCUAGAUGUAAGUGAAGAGUUGAUUAAAUUUUAGGAAUAAGAAACGAUUUUGCAGGGCAUUUCAGAAGUUGUAGUUGAUGUUUGUGUUGAUGUCGGUAUUUGAAAAAAAUAUCUAUUAGAUUAUUAACCAUCGUCUGAUGAAAUAUCAGAAGCUAAAAGAUUAAGGGAGGAGUUAUUAUCGACUAACAAAAAAAUAGGUUUAGAUUAUCUGGCCGAAAACGAUGGGACAUUGACAUCAGAUCAAUAAAAAGACGCAGCAUAAGCAGUCAUAGCUAUUUUACUCCCAUGGGCAAUACUAUUUGUAAUAUCCCUAUUCACUUACAUUACGUUGUUGAUAUGUUGUAGUGAUUGGUAUGCAAAAAAUUAAUAUGUUAGUUGCCCCUGUGCAUGCUGUAGGUGUACUUAAGCCUAAAAAAUUGACGACAUUAGAAUACCCUUGGCGUUUUCAAUAAUCUUUGGAGUUAUCAUAUUGGCUUUCUGUAUUGCGGGGUUGGUUUUGAGUGAAGACGUUGGCAACUCUUUAAAAUCAAUCAGAUGUGCUGGAUAUAUGAUUUUUAAUGAUAUAAAUUAUGGAGUUCUGGAUAGUGAGGAUCUAGAGAUUACAAGAUGGAAGGGAUUGGAUUCUGUAAUAAAUAACAUAACAAUAAUUUAAAAUGGGUUGGGUGGUUUUGUAUCCGAUACUUAAAAACAGUUAGAUUAAAUUAAUGCAAAGCAAUUGCAAGAUUAAUACGGGGAGUUAUCUGACGAAAAUAAAAAGUAUAUAUUUAGGUGUAAUUCUUAGGCUUGAAGCAAUUCCUUUAACAACUUACUAUGGAACUAACAACAUUCUUGGUUACAUUUCUACAGGCAAAACUGUUAAUUCUGAUUCAAUUGUUACAGAAAUCAAAUAAAUUCCUGUGUUACCCCAAUCAGCAAUAUUUUAGUAGAUAUAUGAGAAUAUUAUCAAUGAGAUUGCUAAUAUCAAAAGUUAUGGAUAAUAAUUAGGUGAUUAAUAAGAUGAUAUUUCCAAAAGUUUAGAAGAAACUAAAGUAUCAAUAAGAGAUACAUAAGUAAAUCUAAUAAAUGCAGCUCAUGAUUUUCUUGAAACUACAGAUUCUUUAGAUAAUGCAAGUGAUCUUUCCUCAAUGGUAUUCUACAUUGUAUUUGGAGUGUUUGGAUUGUUCGCUUUGGUGAUUAUUUUUAGUUCAUCCCUCCUUUGUUUUGGAAAAGGAUUGAAAUGUUUCAGAUGCUUAUUGGUCUGCGCUUGCACUUUCAAUUUUUUGUUUGUUUUGAUAGGAUUUAUAUUAAGUGCCGUCUUAGGAUUAACUAGUGGAGUACUUGCUGAAGGGUGUGACUAUAUGGAUGUAAUAUUAACAAAUUAAACUAAAUUUGAAAGUUUGAAUUACGCAAUCAAAGACAAAGAAAUUAAAGAAAUCAUGACUGAAUGUCUGUUCAAAGAUGGUGACAUUCUGAAUUAUUACAAUGUUUAUGAUAGUCUGCAAUAGGCUUUAGAUUUAGACUAAUCAAUAAGUGACUUUGAGGUAUAAAAAGCAUAGUUUCAAGCUGAAGCAGCAAAAGGAGAUGCAACUUUAAAAGUAAAUUCCGAUUACAUCACUUCUUUUUUUACGUUUGAAAGAGUGGAUGAAGAGGAAUACUCUUCAUCUAAUCCAGCCAAUAUGAAGUAUUUAAUGAGAGAAUAGGUUAAGACAUGUAACAGUAAUAAAAAGAGUUCAGUGCCAGAUAGAAUGUCAUUCUGUGAUACGUCAGCCAUACAGUAUUCACCUUUAUCUGGAUCAACAUUUUCAAAUCCGAAUAAUAAACCUGUCUGUUUGCAAUCAGCGAUAUUUUCAGCUGAUUAAACAUUGUUAAAUCAAUAAAUUUCCAACUGUGGUGAGAUCUCAACCAUAAAUUAAUUUUAUUAAUCUCAAUCCUCAAAAUGGAAGCCAGUUCAAGAUCAAGAAAAAUCAAUUCUAAACAAACACAAACAAAAUUAAGAUACUUUGAUUGCCAAAUUUGAUGCCAUCACAUCAUAUACCACAGCUGCCUCAAAUUAUUUAAAGUCAAUCACAGAUAAAAACACAGGAGCUCUAUCGGGAGUCAAUUGUAAAUUUGUUCAAGUAUUUUACACAAUCAUAUUUCAAUUAGGUUUCUAUUACCAGAGUUUAAAAUGUGAUGUGUGCCAAAUCAUUUAGACUAUUUUAUUAUUUUUGGAUCUUCUUUGCUAUCAUUUCCAUCUCAAUGUGGUUGAGUGCAAUCAGUAUUUUUAGAGUAAGCAUAGGGUAAGAUUUAUGUUAUAUCAAUUAGAAUUCAUAAUUUGUCAAUUGGAGAGGCUUAUCUACAAGGCGAUUACACUAAUGGAUAGUAUACUUAAGGAAAUGUGCCUAUGCCUAUUCCAUAAUAGGAUCUAAGUGUAUAAUAAGGAUAUGUGUAACAAGGUUAUGUUAUAUAAGGAAAUAUGUAAUAGGGAUAUGUUAAUUAACCUGCAAUUCAAAAUAAUCCUUAUAAAGACCAACAACCACAAUGA